AGGAGUAUAAGAUGCGCGCAAAUGGCUGCAUCUUAUACUCCUUCCAAAGUUCCUCAUCUCUCCAGUCAACGCUCGCUACCAUGUAUACAACCCAGCAGAGCACUAGUCUUUUCCUCGGGGGCGAUCGCACCUCGGGUCAGAACGUCAGAGAUCAGAAUGGUAGGAAUCUGAUGGGAAACCACUGGCAGAUCUGCAACCUGCACUGAACACACGCGAUGCCUUUUUGAGUGUAGCAGAAGGCGUGAUGACAACCGGCAGCACACAUUGCAAGGCUGUUUAUUGGCUAGGGAAAGGCGGGUUGAAACCAACUAUCACUAGAGUCCAUCGCUCAGAUUGAGAUGGGGGACAUGGUUUAUCAAAGAAUCAAUUUUCAGGAACACGGACCAGCUUGUCGCGAUGCUGUAGAUUUUGUCACACCUAACCAGCUCCCUACUCGUUUUAGUCCUCGCCGCUGCUUCGAUCGC